UUCAAUUUUUGAUCUCUUUACUCAUCUCGUUUUCUCAAAAAUGGAGCAAACUGAGGGACCCAUUGGGAUCAAAAUCUACAGUGCAUCGCAACGUGUCGAUAAUACUUGUUCUUCGAUGUACCCUACUAAUUUUCCACAAGAAGUUCCAAUCCCAGAAUUGCCUCAACCGCCAAUUGGUGGCAAGAAAAGAAGAGCACUGGCAAAUGGGGUUCAAAAAACACUCUCAAAAACUUCAUUGCUUGUCAAUUUUCUCCCAACAGGCACACUUUUAACCUUUGAAAUGCUCCUUCCAUCAGUUUUUGGCAAAGGUGAUUGUUCACCAAUUACCACACUAAUGAUUUUGACACUUCUUGGCCUUUGCACUUCGUCAUGCUUCUUCUUCCAUUUUACGGAUAGUUUUCGCAAUCCAAAUGGGAAAGUUUACUAUGGAUUUGUCACUACAAGAGGGUUGAAAGUUUUCAAGCCUGGACUUGGUGUGGAAGUGCCAAAAGAUGAAAGGUACGUUGUGGGAUUCACAGAUUUCGUACAUGCAAUGAUGUCUGUUUUGGUGUUUGUGGCAAUUGCAUUCUCGGAUCAUAGAGUGACACUUUGUUUAUUUCCUGGACAUGCAAAAGAACUUGAUGAAAUCAUGAGGAGUUUUCCAUUAAUGGUGGGAGUUAUUUGCAGUGGACUUUUUCUUGUUUUUCCUACUACUAGAUAUGGCGUAGGAUGUAUGUCUGCUUAG